UGGAGAGACUUGAUGCAUAAGGAAUUUUACUCGCUUAUUAAAGUUUGAAAUUGAUUAAAACAUAAAUUAUGAUACGUCUCUAAAAAUUAUUUAUUAUAAGGAUUGGUGGAAUCUUAAAUUCCGAGGUUACUUAAAUACAAAUGUCUGACUCUGUGAUAAGUGGAAAUUUAUUUACUGCUGCUAAACAGUUAGCAGACAGUGAGAUCCAAUUGAUAAAAGCUAUAGAAAAUUCUAAGAAGAUAAAUAAUAAAAGUAUUACAAGUAAUAUGUCUGUGACACAUAAAAAGGGUGCCAAAAAAUCAAUCAAAGUUUCAAAUGUUCGUCCAUCAGCUGCUUUGGUAGCAGCUAAACGUGAAGUAGCACAGAGGCAUACAUUGCAGGGGAAAAAAUCUACUAAUGUUUUUGUACAUGAUGUAUAUCAAAAGGCUAUAGAUUCAUAUAAUAUUAAACGAAAAGAAACUGGUCUUGUGUUUGAUCAGUCUAUGACUGAACACGAGUGUCUUUGGGAUUCAAAUUAUCCAGAAUGUCCAGCUAGAUUAACAAGGGUUUUACAGAGAUGCGAACAGUUGGGUUUAAUAAACAGGUGUAAGUUAAUUGAAUCAAGACUUGCUACUGAGAAGGAAAUACUUCUGAAGCACAGCCAGAAACAAAUAGACAUUCUGAAAUCCACUGAUGAAUGUACAGAUGCUGAUAAUUUAGAGUUACUAUCAUCCAAAUAUGAUGCAAUUUAUGUACAUCCUUCUACCUACAGAUUAUCCCAGAUAGCUGUGGGUUCAACAAUAAACUUAGUGGAAAGUAUUUGUAAAGGAUAUGUUCAGAAUGGAAUGGCUGUUAUAAGACCACCUGGGCAUCAUGCAAUGAAAUCAGAAUAUUGUGGAUAUUGUUUUUUCAAUAAUGUUGCAAUUGCUGCUGAGAAUGCUUUGAGAAAUGAUUUAGCUAACAAAAUUUUAAUCGUUGAUUGGGAUGUACAUCAUGGACAAGCAACUCAACAAAUGUUUUAUGAUGAUCCACGAGUAAUUUAUUUUUCCAUUCAUCGUUACGAGAACGGUGAAUUUUGGCCGAAUCUUAGAGAGUCUGAUUUCCAUUUUGUUGGAGAUGGCUUAGGAGAAGGAUACAACUUCAAUAUACCACUUAAUAAAACUGGUAUGACCAAUGCUGAUUAUUUAGCUAUAUUUCAACAAGUUUUAUUGCCAGUAGCCUAUGAGUUUAAUCCAGAUCUUGUCAUUGUAUCGGCUGGAUUUGAUUCCGCAACCGGCGAUGAAAAGGGUGAAAUGUUGGUGACCCCUGCAUGUUAUGCGCAUCUUUUGUCAUCUUUAUUGUGUCUGGCCUCUGGAAAAGUUGCUGUUAUAUUAGAGGGUGGUUAUUGCUUAAAAUCAUUAGCUGAAAGUGCGGCAUUAACAUUACGUACUUUAUUAGGUGAUCCAUGCCCUAUGUUACAAAAUCUUGAACUACCUUCAAUAGGUAUACGUGAUACAAUUUUAAAUGUAAUUUAUGCACAUAAACCAUACUGGAAGUGUUAUCAAUACCAAGAUUCAUACAGUAUUAAUAGUACAAUAAAUAAUAAGGAAGAAAACGUUAAUCAGCAUUUACCUGUAGUUAUAUUCAGGGGAAGUAGUGUUAAACCGGAAAUAUAUGAAACAAGAAAUUGUUAUCCAGUUCAAAGCAAAGAAACUAUUGAAGCAAUAGAAAAACAAUUGAAUACAUUAAUACAAUCCACCAAUUUAUCUAAAGCACCAAAUAAAGUAUGUGUCGUUUAUGAUGAGAGAAUGUUAAAACAUCAUGAUAUAUCUGAUGAUAGCCAUCCAGAAAAACCAAACCGUAUUAGUGUAAUAUACAAAAAAUUUCAAAAAUAUAAUUUACUUGAACGAUGUUAUGUACAGCAGGGACGAAGUGCAACAAUAGAAGAAUUAUUAUUGAUUCAUUCACAAGAGUACAUAGAUAAAAUAAAGAAUACAGAUAAUUUAAAAACAAAGGAAUUAUAUAAACAAGCAACAAGCUACAAUUCGGUUUAUCUGCAUCCUGACACUUGGACAAGUGCCUGUGUAUCUACUGGAUCGUUAUUACAAGUAGUGGAUAGUGUAUUAAAUGGAGAGAGUCAAUCUGGUGUUGCUAUUGUAAGGCCUCCAGGGCAUCAUGCGGAACAAGAUGCAGCAUGUGGUUUCUGCAUCUUCAACAAUAUUUCUGUAGCUGCUAAAUAUGCCAUAGAAUUUCAUCAUGUAAAAAGGGUACUAAUAGUGGAUUGGGAUGUACACCAUGGUAAUGGAACUCAAUCAGUAUUUGAGGAAGAUCCAAAAGUUCUUUAUAUAUCUGUCCAUCGUUAUGACAAUGGCGGUUUCUUUCCGAAUUCUAAGCGAGGUAAUUACACCCACGUUGGUUCUGGACCAGGAGAAGGGUUUAAUGUUAACAUACCGUGGAACAAGAAAGGAAUGGGUGACGCGGAGUAUAUAGCAGCAUUCCAACAAGCAGUAAUGCCAAUUGCAUAUCAAUUUAAUCCAGAAUUGAUCUUAGUCUCAGCUGGUUUUGAUGCAUGCAUCGGUGAUCCUCUUGGAGGUUGUUUUGUAACACCAGAGAUGUAUGGACAUUUAACACACUGGUUAUCUUCUUUGGCUAAUGGCCGCAUUAUUCUUAGUCUCGAGGGGGGUUACAACAUUAAUUCAAUCGCGCAUGCAAUGACUAUAUGCACGAAAACAUUGCUCGAUGAUCCUUUACCGAUGUUAGAAAGUAACCAAAUUCCAUGUACAAGCGCUAUUAAUACUAUAAAUAAUGUUCUAAAAACGCAGAAACAAUAUUGGCUAAAUUUGAUGUUUAAUCUAUCUUUACCGAAAGAGAAAGUACUUCCUCAGGCUGAAAUACCUGGUAUAAAAACAAACGGCGAAGAAACUAAACACUCAGAAUCUAAGAUAGCGCUGGAGGAAAUUGAAAGUGAAAAAUUAGAACUGAAACUUUCAAUUGAUAAAAAUUGUGUGACAGAUGAAGAGAUAUUAAAAUUACAAAAUGAAGUAGAGAAUAUUAAAAUAAGAAAUUCGUUAUAUGACGAUACUUCGAAAAAGACGGAAAAAAUACAUAAUAAUUCGAUAAAUAUGCAAGCUAUUAAUAACGUUAAAGUGUCUGAAUGUACAAAGAAAUGUAUAAAUCAGGAUGGAAAGAAAGGAUUGCCUCCGCAAAACUUUCCCAAUUCCGCUUCCGGCAGUGAUAAUGAACAGGGUGACAGAGCAGCUGCACAAUCAAGUACCAAUAUAAAUUUAUACGAUUAUCUAUCUGAAAAUUUGCAAGCAUUAGUAGCCGGCGAAAUGUUUGCAGUAGUACCUUUACGAGAAUGUCCACAUCUAAACAGUGUUAGCGAUGUUCCAGCUUCAGGGAUUGAUGUACAUUUACCAUGUGCAGAAUGUGGUAGUAAUGUUGAAAAUUGGAUUUGUCUACAAUGUUAUACUGUACAUUGUGCUCGCAACAUUAAUCAACACGGUAUAUUACAUGCUGAAGAGAUGGAACAUCCUUUGGCUUUGAGUUUUAGCGAUUUAUCGGUUUGGUGUUACCGAUGUGAGGCAUAUAUAGAUAACCCACGAUUAUUUGCGGCACGUAACGCUGCACAUCAGAGUAAAUUUAAUGAAGAAUUACCGUGGACAUACAGCGAGAACUGAGGUGUAGAUUUAUUACUAAACUUGUCAUUAACCUUUUAUGUAUUUUAUAAUAUUUGUAAAUGACUUAUAAAACAGCACUAUUAUUUCCAUA